AAGUUAUACUGGAGUAUCAAAACCAUUAUGUUGAAUUUUGUUCUUAAAUGCGCAACGCUGUUUGUAUUUAACCUUGUCGCUGACGGACAGGAAGAAGGUGAUUUACAACUGGUUGAUGGUUCUCAUUCAAGAGAAGGGCGGCUAGAGAUAUUCCAUAGUGGCUCAUGGGGCAGUAUUUGUGAUGAUAAUUUCGAUUAUCCUGAUGCAAGUGUUGCAUGUAGACAAUUAGGAUUUAGAUGUUUAGCAGAUGUGCAGAUUUAUACGCAAGGGGGUUUUACUUCAAACAUAUGGAUGGACGAUGUAACUUGUAUUGGUUUAGAAACGUCGUUAACUAAAUGUUCACAUAAUGGAUGGGGAAGUCAUAACUGUGGUACAGGUGAAAACGUAGGAAUUCGAUGUUUUGGUGGCUGCGAAGGAGAUUUGUGGUUAGUUGGAGGAAGCAAUUACGGCCGUCUUACUAUUUAUCAUAGUGGUUCAUGGGGAACAAUUUGUGACGAUGCCUUUGGAUCUGAAGAAGCAUUAGUUGUCUGCAAGCAACUACAGCUGCGGACGACAGCUGUGCAGUAUUACACUGCUGGUAACGGAAACGGGACAAUCUGGCUCGAUGAUGUUGCUUGCAACGGACAGGAAAAUAGACUUGACUACUGUAAUCAUAUAGGAUGGAGCGUACAUAACUGUGGACAUAACGAAGACGUUGGUAUAAGAUGUUAUGGUGGUUAUAGUUUUUUAGAAGGUGAUUUACGAUUGGUUGGAAUAAAUAAUCACGAAGAAGGCCGCCUCGAGAUUUAUCACAAUUCUCAAUGGGGAACAAUAUGUGAUGACAGUUUUGACACUGCAGAUGCUGCUGUGGCUUGUCGGCAACUUGGUUACAGGACAUCCACGCCAACAUUUUACACAUCAAGUGGUGGAACAGACCCUGUUUGGUUAGACGACAUGGCUUGCAAUGGGACAGAAAGGAAAAUUGCUAAUUGCAUUCAUCCAGGUUGGGGAGUCGAAAACUGUGGCCAUAGCGAAGAUGUUGGUGUAAGAUGCACAGGAGAAUAUGGUGUAAAUGGUAAUUGGGGUUAUUGGUCCGCGUGGUCAUCUUGCAAUUCUAUUUGUGGUUCUGGUACUAGAACAAGAACAAGAAGAUGUGACUCUCCUUACCCAGCAUUUGGUGGAUCAUCGUGUACUGGGGACUCAAGGAAAUCGCAAUCAUGUACUGGUACUUUUUGUCAAGUUAAUGGAAACUGGGGUUCUUGGUUGGGCUGGACAAUAUGUAGUUCUAGUUGUGAUUCUGGCUAUCAAACGAGAUCCCGCCUCUGCAAUAGUCCGAUACCAUCGUCGAAUGGCGCUUACUGUAAUGGGAAGUCGUUUGAAGUACUUAACUGCAGCACUGCUAUGUGUACAGUUAAUGGAAACUGGGGAUCAUGGUCAGACUGGACAGGCUGCAGUUCUAGUUGUGAUUCUGGCCAUCAAACAAGAUCCCGCAUCUGUAAUAACCCGAUACCAUCAUCAAAUGGCGCAUACUGUAAUGGAAAGUCGUUCGAAGUACUAAACUGCAGCAUUGCAAGGUGUACAGUUAAUGGAAACUGGGGAUCAUGGUCAGACUGGACAGUAUGUAGUUCCAGUUGUGAUUCUGGCCAUCAAACGAGAUCCCGCCUCUGUAAUAAUCCGGUGCCAUCGUCAAGUGGUUCUUACUGUAAUGGGAGGUCUUUUGGAGUAUUAAACUGUAGCAUUGCUAGGUGUGCAGUUGAUGGAAGUUGGGGAGGGUGGAGUAAGUGGUCCGAUUGUAAUGCAACUUGUGAUGGUGGUGUACAGAAACGUACGCGUAUUUGCAACAACCCAUAUCCAUCAGCUGGCGGAUCUGCAUGUUCAGGGAUGGCCGACCAAAUAUUAAUAUGCGCCGGAAGUAAUUGUCCAGUCAUUGGCGCCUGGUCAGAAUGGGGAGUUUGGAGCUUAUGUUCGACCUCAUGUGGUUCAGGAAAUAGGACAAGGAAUAGACUGUGUGAGAAUCCUCCUCCUUCUUAUGGCGGAGAGUAUUGUAAUGGCAUAACGUUAGAUUCGGAUACUUGUAAUACCCAUGAAUGUCCUAUUAAUGGAAACUGGGGUUCUUGGUUGGGCUGGACAGUAUGUAGUUCUAGUUGCGAUUCUGGCUAUCAAACGAGAACCCGCCUCUGUAAUAGUCCGAUGCCAUCGUCAAAUGGCGCUUACUGUAAUGGGAGGUCGUUGGAAGUACUUAACUGCAGCACUGCUAUGUGUAAAGUUAAUGGAAACUGGGGAUCAUGGUCAGACUGGACAAUCUGUAGUUCUAGUUGUGAUUCUGGCUAUCAAACAAGAUCCCGCAUCUGUAAUAAUCCGGUACCAUCAUCAAACGGCGCAUACUGUUAUGGAAAGUCCUUCGAAGUACUUAACUGCAGCAUUGCAAGGUGUACAGUUGAUGGAAGUUGGGGAGAGUGGAGUAAGUGGUCAGAUUGUAAUGCAACUUGUAAUGGUGGUGUACAGAAACGUACGCGUAUUUGCAACAACCCAUAUCCAUCAGCUGGCGGAUCUGCAUGUUCAGGGAUGGCCGACCAAAUAUUAAUAUGCGCCGGAAGUAAUUGUCCAGUCCUUGGCGCCUGGUCAGAAUGGGGAGUUUGGAGCUUAUGUUCGACCUCAUGUGGUUCAGGAAAUAGGACACGGAAUAGACUGUGUGAGAAUCCUCCUCCUUCUUAUGGCGGAGAAUAUUGUAAAGGAAACACGUUAGAUUCGGAUACUUGUAAUACCCAUGAAUGUCCUGUUAAUGGAAACUGGGGUUCUUGGUUGGGCUGGACAGUAUGUAGUUCUAGUUGCAAUUCUGGCUAUCAAACGAGAUCCCGCCUCUGUAAUAGUCCGAUGCCAUCGUCAAAUGGCGCUUACUGUAAUGGGAAGUCGUUGGAAGUACUUAACUGCAGCACUGUUAUGUGUAAAGUUAAUGGAAACUGGGGAUCAUGGUCAGACUGGACAAUCUGUAGUUCGAGUUGUGAUUCUGGCCAUGAAACAAGAUCCCGCAUCUGUAAUAAGCCGAUACCAUCACCAAAUGGCGCAUACUGUUAUGGAAAGUCGUUCGAAGUACUAAACUGCAGCAUUGCAAGGUGUACAGUUGAUGGAAGUUGGGGAGAGUGGAGUAAGUGGUCAGAUUGUAAUGCAACUUGUGAUGGUGGUGUACAGAAACGUACGCGUAUUUGCAACAACCCUUAUCCAUCAGCUGGCGGAUCUGCAUGUUCAGGGAUGGCCGACCAAAUAUUAAUAUGCGCAGAGAGUAAUUGUCCAGUCAUUGGCGCCUGGUCAGAAUGGGGAGUUUGGAGCUUAUGUUCGGCUUCGUGUGGUUCAGGAAAUAGAACACGGAGUAGAAAAUGUGACAAUCCUCUUCCUUCCUAUGGUGGAGCGUAUUGUAAUGGCAAAGCUUUCGAUUCGGAUACAUGUAAUACACAUGAAUGUCCUGCUGAUAUUUGCCUAUGCCUUAAUGGUGGAAAAUGUGUAACUAGCAAUGAUGGAAAAGUUGUUUGUGAUUGCAUUGGACAAUGGACUGGCGAAUUUUGUCUAGAAAGCCAGUGUAUGACACACGACUGUGGAUUUGGAAACUGCUUUGUUGAACCAAUGAAUGGAACAGCUCAGUGUGUUUGUGGCAACAAACAACAAACCUAUUGUCCUUGUAAGCGGAUUAGAUUUAAAUGACAUAAUAUAACAUUAAAUUAUGAACUGGAAAGUUUUUAAAACACUUUUUUCAUUUAUCCGUCAAAGAUGCACAAUUUAUGAAUAAGAAAAACAUAUAUAAAUAUAUUUAACUUAAGGGGCGAUCUUUUAUUGUUCAGUUUUAUGCAGAACAUUAAACCAAACAUUGAAAAAAAAACGGCAUAUGAGAAACAAGGCUCACAAUAGUUCCAAGUUAUAUUUACAUUUUAAUGUGUUCUCAUAAUAUACGUAACCCAUUUUAAUAAUAGUUUGAAUACUGUUUCAUUUAGAAAUAAUGAAUGUCAUAAUGUCAUAUGUACAAGAUAAUAUGGUGUUAUUCUCAAUUUUCAAUUGAAACAAUAUCUGUGCUUACAUUAAUCAUUAAACGUUAAUAUAUUAUGAUACAAUAUGUAAUGCAAUAUUCUUAUUUAUCUGACACAUACUAACAUUAACAGUUUUUUUGGUUAUUUCAUUAUCAAAUUGCAUGUUUGUAGGAAUAUUGUGUUAAUACUCUCGUCGCUAUGUACAAUUAUCAGAACAUAAGUAAAAAUCUGAUUACAUACAUUUUUCAAAAGGUGCAAUGCGUGUGUAAGAAUCAUUUACUAUUUAUAAAAAAUGAAAUAUUAGAAGCAGUUAAUAAAAAAAAAAUCCUGAUUUUUUUUCGUUUGAAAUUUAGUGUAUACAUUCAUUCAUUUAUUUGAUAUUUCAUUUUCAGUUUCGUGAUAUUAAACAUAUUUUCUUGAUGAAUGAUUUUCAAUGAUGUUUAUAAUUGAACAGAUAAACUUUUCGUCAUAGAAAAAUAUUGAAAUGUUUUCAACACAUAUUCGUAUUUUCUAUUUUGUUUUCAAAACAUUUGUUAUUUUUUUUAUUUUAUUUCGUUAGUACAUGUAACAUGUGUAAAUACCAUGUAUUAUUUAUUAGAAUUUUUAAAUUCACCAUUCAAUUUCAUUUUGUUUCAGGCAAUCAUCGUUAUUCUUAUAACUUGUAAUGUCAAUUUUCAAAAUAAGUCUAAUUAAUUUAUUCUCUUUUCAAAUCACGUAUCUACAAUUUGAGAAAGAGGUCUAGAAAUUAUCAGUUCAACUGAAUCA